GCCUACCUACACCAGCCUGCUUAGACCUACUUAGAUUCUCCUGGUGGCCUGACACUUUCUUCUCCCCCACUUGCCCAACAGGUCGCUAUGAGGGAGAUGGUUAUGAGGGAGGACGCCUCAUGGACGGGCCCUCCCUGGAGGUGGGUACACAGGGAUAGGCUGCCCUCAUCCCUCAUGCUGCUGCUCCUCCUGAUGCCCCUCGCUACAGGUGUGCUGGGGAUCGACUGCUUCAAGUGCGUGUCUGUGAACGGGGACAACCCCAGCUGCGAGGACCCCUUCCACAACAACUACAGCACCGCCAUGAUGCAGAGUCCGUGUCUGGCCGGCCGCAAGGGCAGGGAGGGUCUCUUCCCCGCCACCGCCUGUAUCAAGCUGGCUGGCAUCUAUGAUGACACAGGCCAGACCAUUACCAUCCGGUCGUGCGCGCUGGACAGCGGCACUCUCACUACUGACACCGAGAUCAUUCGCAUGUCCCACUGCGGAGGCUUCUACUUCCAGCAGAAGUACGUCAAGGGCUGCCUCCAGAGCUGUGACGACUACGAGGGCUGCAACGGCUCUCCUUCCUCCAGGCACGCCUCCUGGUCCACAAUCUCCCUGGCCCUCCUCCUCCUCUACUUCUACAAGAUAUUGUAGCCCCUGGUAACGCCCUCCCGACCAUCCUGCAGCUGCGCGCCGCUCGCUACUGUCGAGGGCUUGAACGCUGGAGUGUGCAUUGUGGGAGGUGGUGACCGCAACAUUCUGAGCCCCAUACCACGGUGCUCUGGACCUACACUGUUGUUGUUUAAGAUUCGCUACCUGGAACAAAAAGUUCCAAGUAGCACGGGCUAUGGUGAGCCCGUAGGAGCCCACUCUGGACCUACACGUAGCCGAGAGAUCUUAUGCUUACAAUCCUGGUAACCCAUAAGUAUAUCAUACCUAUGAUCUUGUGCUUGUAAGUUUGGGAAUGCGUCCUAUGGAUCCAAGAACAAAGCCUUGUGGUUGUAAUCCUGGGAACUCAAUAGGACUGGAGUCCCAGUCCUGGGACUCCAGACCGAGUCCUCAAGGACUGGCUCUAUUUAAGAGUAAGAUUCCUGACAAAUCUUUGACACUAGUUCAGCAAAUUUACAUCAAAUAUUUGCCCUAUGCUGCUACGUUUAAGAACCCCAAGCUACACAGCCGAUGACCUCUAAGUAUGCCAGAGUGUGUCGUUCAGAACUUGAGACUAGUUAAGACGUCAUUACUGGGCAACAAGCAAGCAGGUACCUUCACGAUGACCCUCCACACUCCACUCAACACCCCAGAUGAUGGCCGAGGUGUUGCGACUGUCUCCUGAGAUGUUCAUUACAAUAUGUGUCAGCUUAGAUGAGCAUGAUCCGUGGAAGACCGGAACUCUGAUCACCAGCGCCCCUUCAGAACCCUGCACUCAACUCUUAAUGACACUCUAGAGCUCCUAAGAGUGUCCGAGGCUUCAAAUGUGCUGGUCUAGAAGCCCUUACCCAAAAGGUUUAUCCUUGUGAAUCUUCGUAACGUGGAGCUGCUUCUUAAAUCCCCCAAGAGUGUCCUUGGGAAGACAACAAUGCACAAAGCACAUUCGUCAACUAGUGCGGCGGAGAACUCUACCACCUUUUAGUCCAAGGCACUUUGAACAGGAUAAAGACAGUCAACCAGCGCGAUUCGAAAGCUAAGAUGGGUUGUUCAGCUCCAUGUGAGACUUGGAUCUCAAGUCUUCGGGUGACUGGAAGACAUCUUCGGCCCUGGACGGCUCUGGAAGACCCUGGAAGACCCUGUGGAAAGCCCUGGAAGACCCUGGAAGGCCCUGGAAGACCCUGAAAGACCCUGGAAGACCCUGGAAGGCGCCUCCAGCUCUGGAAGAAGCUUAUGAGAUGACCAUAACACACGUAGCUGCCUCAAGACAGAUAAAGCAUGGUCCAGAAUGCUACUUUAGGUUUGCCAUCGUCUUCAGACCUAAUGUAAGGAAAUCCAGAACGAUAUAAACCUAAAUUUUCCAAAUCGGACUCCGGGACGCUGUCUCUCAGGUUGGCAUGCCGUCGACUGACAGGCUAGACGAGUGACACGUCCGAGGACGGGGCAGUGUCCAGGAGUGACAGGAUGAUGGGGACACAGCUGAGACCUGUCUGUGUGUGUCCUCUGGCAUCAUGUGUCCUCUGGCAUCAUGUGUCCUCUGGCAUCAUGCUGCAAGCUGUAUCAUCGCGAGAAACAGCGUGGGAAUGAUGCAAGACUGAGGGCUGGUGAGGUCUUGACAAGAAUAAUAUCAAACAUGUCAAAUGUUCUGAUAAAAAAAAUAUAUGUAUAAUUUUAACAUUAACCAAGAUUUCGAACCCCGGUGCUUUAGUUGUCAUAAGAAGGGCCUUUAUACAUAUGUAUACAGUAUAACUAGUAUAUUUUGGUAGCAGUCUUUCUUGUGGACAUAUUAUUGAAGAUGGCAAACUGUGAAGUCAAUGAUUCUAGCACGAAGCUUCUCUCUCUCUUUCUAUAUAUAUAUAUUUCUUAUGUUUCCAGUUUAGAAGUUAAAACAUUAACUCUC